AUGCUCAAGUGUCCAAAGGUGCUGGCCCUUUGUAUCCUCAUGAUCAUAUGGACACCAACUUUCAAGUGCAACCAGGAAUACCAGCUCUUCGAGUUUUUCGCGGGGAACGCCAACCUGAGCAAGUGCGCCAGGGCCAGUGGGCUGACAACGGCAUCGUUUGAUAUCCUUUUCGAUGCUCAGAAACCUGGCUGUGCCUGCAUUCUUUGCUGUGCUCCGCGGAAGAGUUCCUUGCAACGUUUGCGAUCAAGUGUUCGUCUUGGUCCGCGGUAA